AUGAGUGAAGAACAUCAAGAAGCUCCUGCUAGUGAGGAGGGGCCAGUCCCAGUCCUGAGAUGGGACUUAGGUUUAUUCGAACAGAUCGUUCGAAGUUUUAGGUUUCCACCGGAGUGGGAUGCCCGGUACCCUGCUCAGGGUCAGACCGCGGCUGAUGCCCCACCCGGUUACAUUACUUUGUUCGAAGACUUCUUCCUUCAAGGAAACUUCCGGCUGCCGGCGACUAACUUCUUUGGUAGCAUAUUGUCCUACUACAAGUUUCAUAUCUCACAGUUAAGCCCACCUGGGAUGGUGAGGGUGAGGCACUUUGAGUUCUUGUGUCAAUCUCACGGCAUUGAGCCGACGGUGAAUAAGUUUCGUGUCUUCUAUCAACUGCAAAGAACAAUGGGGUUCUUUUCUUUUGCUAGCCGUGGUACGGCUAAGAAGAUUUUGUUGAAUCCUCCCAAGAGUUUCCACGACUGGAAGCCCAAGUUCUUCUUCAUCCGGGAGGAAGUCUUGCCAAUAGCUAUGCCGUUUAGGGAAUGGACCGAGGGUAUACCAAAGGAGGACCUUCCUAUACCGAAGUCUGCUCAGUGGUAUCAGCAGCUUACCGCAACCCCUAACCGGGUAUUUGGGGAGAAUGUUCUGGUUGCUGCCAAGAUGAGUGACCAGUGGUCACCUAGUAGCAGGGAACUCCCGGUCUUGAAGAUCGGGGAUCAAGAGACGCAACUCUAUCAGGCUGCCUUCCCAGCCUUUGGUGGCUCCAUGGGCGUUCGCCCUCUGCGCGAUGAUGAGGAAGGCUGGUAUGACCAGAUAAAAGGGAACUUCAUGUUUCCUCCUGCUGACGCCUUCGCCUCGCCGCCGGAUGCAACUGAAGGUGCGCAAUAUCCUAAACCUCGUCCAUUGCGCUCUGUGACUUCUGCUGGGAAAGAGACUUUCUAUCUUUCCAGCGAGGAGUCAGUAGGGUCUUCGAAUGGCGAGUUAAGUUCGUUGCCUAAAAUCUUUGCAGGUGUGUUGCGCGAUCUGGGGGUUGACCCAGAGGAGAAGAAGAAGAAACCUUCGAAGAAGAAAAAGAAGGCGGAUGCUGAAGUGACCAGCAAGGGUCCUGGCGCCAGUCGCGCAACUACUGCUGCUGUCAAAGCUAUGGGAAAGACUGGCGCUGGUGGGUCAAAGGGCUCUGGGAGCGCGGGUUCUCGUAACCCGGAUGCUGACGCAACUCCAUCUCAACCUGAGGAUGAAGAAGAAGAGGAAGAAGAGACUGCCCCGUUGAUUGGAAGAAAGAGGGGUAGAAGCGAGGCGACAACUGGUAUGGCCUCUGCGCCUGUUUCAGUUGUUAUUCCCGUUGUUGGGAAGAAGAGCAAGUUGCGCUCGUUAUACCAGUUUUCUCCUGAGAUCAAGAAGAAGACCCCUGAAAAGGGGGUUAAGUUUGUUGAACCCAGCACGAAAAAACCUAAGGUUGCCACUGAACCUUCCGAUUCUGCUGCGCGUGAUGCUGCGAAAACUGCUGAAGCGCAGCGAAAGGCAGAAGAGGAUCGGAAGAAAGAAGAGAGUAGGAUUGCUGCGCAGAAGAAGGCUGAAGAGCGAAAGCGCAAAGAAGAGGAAGAGAAAAAGAGGAAGGAGGAGGAGGAGAGAAAGCUGGAGGCGGAGAGGCAGAGGAAAACGGAAGAGGAGAGAAAGCUGGAGGCGGAGAGGAAGAGGAAAACGGAAGAGGAGAGAAAGCUGAGGGAGGAGGCGGAUAGGCAGAGGAAGGCGGAAGAGGCGAGGAAAGAAAGAGCUGCCGAUCAGUCUUCUGUUCAAGGGCAGUCUGGUGUCCCAAAACCUCCCCCUGCUGCGCCGAUUGUUACCUCUAAGGGGUUAGGGCGCUAUGUGUCUAGUGGUGCAAGCUCUGGAGGAGCUGGGGGCUAUAACCCCAAUGUGAUAGGUGCGAAGGAUACCGUCGGGGACAUAUAUUAUAAAACUUAUACUGAAGAGGAACGUGGUGAUGCUCCUCAUCAAGCCCCUUGGAGCUUAAGGCAGAAGGAUACAUUUGUUGAAUUUGGUCCUUCUCGCGAUUGGUACUUGAACCAAUUCACUCCUGGCGAAGUUAACCGUCAAAAGGCGAAGCCGCAUGAAAUGUUGUAUCGCACUUACAUUCUUGCCGAGGCCAACGCUCGAUCUGCUAACCAUCAGAUAGUUCGUGAAUGGCGAACAAUGGUCAGAGAGCGCGCCGAUUGGGAGGCUUACCGAGAACGUGUGCUAAAACGUGUUGGUGAAUUUGAGAAGGCUAAGGCCACAUUUGAUGAGGAGAAAGCCAAGUUUGAGGCUGAUAGGAAAGCUGAAGAGUGGGGUCGCGAGGGCCUGCAAAAGAAACUUCAUAAUGUGGAAGAGCAACUGGCCAAGGAGAAGGCCGAGUUCAAGCGUAUAUGCGCUCAAGACAACGAGCGUACUUAUGCUCUACGCCAGAAGAUCGUUGGUCUUGAGGCUACAGUUGCGGACUUGACCUCAAAGGUGGAGGAAGCGCAGGGUGAAAAAACUGCCAAGCAGCAGAUGGAGGUUGAGCUGACUGAAGCCAAGGUGCAAUUGUCUAACAAGGACAAGGAUCUCCAUGCCAAGGACGUUGAGAUAGCGGAACUCAAGCGUCGCUUGAAUGAGCAAAUCGACAGAUGCGAGUCUUUGGAGAUUGACCUUGAGGCUGAGAAGGUCAAGGCCACCGAUGCUGAGGAGGCGCGUGCUGUCAGCACUGCGGCGCUUAACGUGGCUCAGACAAAUUAUUCUGAGGCCCAAGGCAUUGUGGACACGCUUGUUUCUGAAGCAGAAUGGAUGCGCACUCGGGGAAUAGUGCUGGUUGCCAACUCCAUCCUGAACGCCGGCGAGCUAGAUCGCGCUGUUGCUGCUCUUACGGAUGCGGCGCGUGCAGUUGGUCAUCGAGGAGGUUACCUGGAGUGUGCUGAUCACGUUGAGCGAAUGCUGGGACAAGAAUUCGAUACAAGUCAUUGCUCAGUGACGGAACAAGCUGAUGCUGCGCUGGCCAGUGCUGAGAACUCAUAUGACAACCUCUCCUUGCCCAUCAUGGACUUGGUUGUUAGUGCCUUAAAAAAGGAUGAUUGGUGUCAGCGCCUCAAGGCGAUCCUUGAUCCACCGAUUACUGUUGAAUCAUCUGAUGAGGAAGCAGCUGGUGAUGAUGGCGGAGGUGAUGACGAUGGCGACGAUGGUGAAGGGAACGAAGAUGAUGAUGGUGAGAAGAAAGAAGACAAAUAGAGUAGGUUGUUAGUUUGUUGAUAGGCGUUUGUGCCUUUGUUUCUGACUUGAUUGUAAGUGAUGCGCUUUUGCGCAGUUUUAAUGACAAUG